GUGCCACCAUCCUGUGCAGUGGUCACAGACUUUGUUUGCCAGUGCAUCGAGUCCCACCUGGUGUGUGACAGCAAGGCCGACUGUGCAGACGAGACAUACAGUAUGAGGUGGACUAUGGUGAGUAGAGCUGGGGAGUACUUAACUUAAUACGGUUACAUAUGGCUUGCUCUCACAAAAGUUCUCUCUCUCUCUCUCUCUCUCUCUCUCUGUCUCUCUUGUCUCUCUGUGUCUGUCAGUCUGUCUCUCUCUCUCCCUCUUUCUCCCCAUCUCUCUCUCUCCCUCUUUCUCCCAGUCUCCCCAAUCUCUCUCUCUCUCUCUCUCUCUCUCUCUCUCUCUCUCUCUCUCUCUCUCUCUCUCUCUCUCUCUCCUAGGCCACAUAGUACCAGGUUCCUGUAACUUUUACAUGCCAGAGGACAUGUGGGAGGAGACCUGCCAGCUGACUCAGGACCCUGAUAAUAACCUUGACUGGAGGAUUGGCCAGACGAGUCACCCUUGAAACUGGACCCCCCACUGACCACAGCCCUGGUCAGUACUACCCUCCUUGGACCUUGAGGUUUUACUGACCACAUGGUCUGAACAGAAUAGAAUAUAGCCAGGGCCCUGAGUUGUUCCUGACCAAAUGAUGAGAAAAAAUGGUCUGUAACUAACAGAUCACAUGCCCAGGGAAAGCUUGUGUCCUUUACCACUACAGUAAUGAGAUUGACCAAAAUGGUACCCUAUUCCCUAUAUAGUGCACUACUUUUGAAAAGGGUCCUAUGUUCCCCGGUCAAAAUAGUGCCCUACAAAGGGAAUAGGGUGCUAUUUGGGACAUCCCAUGGCAAUAAGAGGAUUUCCACACAGGAAAUUCCGGCGUUCUUCAGUUUAUUGGUAAUCUUAAGGGGUUAUUUACAGCUGUUUGGUUUGUGUGCUGUUAAAAACAUGGCUGCUAGUGUUGGGCUGGAAGAGAGUGUGUGCAUUUGUGUGUCUAUGUGCCUCUCUGUGUCUGUCUGUGUGUGUUUGUGUGCUUGCUCUCAAACCAAGUAGAAAGCCGAUCAUUACACCAUUAUCUGAUGUAUUAUAUCGCAACAAAUUGACCCAUGAACUUUAGAACAAUUGUUGUAAUUGUGGAACACAUCUAUCCAGAAUGUCUAGCAUAUUGUGUCCACACACUAUGCCCUAUAUAGUGCACUACCUUUGACCACAGCCAUAUGGGCCCUGGUCAAACAUAGUGCACUAUAGAGGGAGUAGGAUGCCCUUUGGGACGUAGCCAGAGUGUGUGUCCCUGUGACUGGCCACCCAGCUCAUUGAUCGUGGAGAUGAAUGUGGACACCAGGGAGUACAUUGUGUCACAGGCAGACCUUAUGAUCUCACUGGGGAGACAGAUCGAUGGACCUAGCCAGCCAGAUCGCUCUCUCUCUCACACACACACACACACACACACACACACACACACACACACACACACACACACACACACACACACACAGUGCUUAUGGACUCUACAAUAGAGAAUAGAGAGAAUACAAAAUAAUGGUGAUGGUGUAGGGGACUGAGGAGCCACACAGUGGAGUGGCUGCAAUGAUUAUAAAGACAGACUUUUUUAUUUUUUUAUUUUUUUAUUUCACCUUUAUUUAAUAUUUUACAUUUACGUCAUUUAGCAGACGCUCUUAUCCAGAGUGACUUACAUUUACAACUGCGACCUGGCCAAGAUAAAGCAAAGCAGUGCGAUAAAAACAACAACACAGAGUUACAUAUGGACACAAUCAAUUCCUAAUCACGCAUUAGCUGCUUUACUGUUGCGCAUAAAAGCUGAUUAAAAGUUUAGAAAACAUAAUAAAAACCAGCAUACAGGUCUUUUCUAGAAUGAAGGAGACAGGGAUGAGGAAUAAAGGACUGCGUAAGAUUCCGGACCAUUCUCCAGGGAGAUACAGUAUUCCGGGUGAGAAUAUUGUGGUGUGUGAAUCACCACACAUUGAGAUGCCCCCAAAUCCCCUCUAGCUCAUGUGGAAAACGUCCACUUUGUUCUGGCGUGGCCUCAGUGGCCUCAGUCUCAGUCUAAGAGAGUAAGCCAAGCAGAAUAAUCUUCUUAGCACUGCAUAGCUGCAGGGAACAGGCUCAUAGAGAGGAACAAUGGGUGCAUCCCAAAUAGCACCCUAUUCCCUACAUAGUGCACUGAUCAAAAGUAGUGGUUACUGUACUACCAAAUGAAUUUUGCUCUGCCCAGAGUACCCCUGAUGUACCCCUCAUGUGCAUUUUACCAGUAAGCCUAUGGUCUCAUGUGUCUUCUCAAGUACCCCCUGUGGAUAGGCCAAGUACCCCCAGGGGUCCUAGUACCCCUGGUUGGGAACCACUGAUGUAGGGAAUAGGGUGCCAUUUGGGAAGCAUCCACUGUCUUCAUAAAUGCCUUGUCUUAGGUGUUCCUAGACUGUUUCACAUUUAGGGCACAGAGAUUUUCCUGCCCAUGUCACUUCACCAGAAAAUCAUCUCGGUCCUUGUUAGAACCUAUAGGCCUAUGUAACCAAGUUGGAUUGGUAACCUCCCUCUUUAGCUUAAAAUGCUACCACCCAAGCCACCGAAAUCCUAGCUUUUCGGUGGAAUAGCUGGCUAAGGCAUUGUCAAGAGGGCUGUCAUGUGUGUUUACGAGACAGAGGAUGCAAGAUCAAGGACCGAUAAUGACUUGUGAGCGAGGAAGAUAUACGGUGAGGCCACAAUACAUUUGACAAGACACAAGACAUUUGAGUUGACUCGCUACUGGAGAAAUGACUAGAUAAUAUGUGUCGACAUAUUUCUAUCCAUGAUCCACAGGUGGAGAAGGGAAGUUUCUGUACGUGCACUCUGCCACAGAAAGGGAAGAUGACAUCGCCAAGGUUAUGACGCGGAACCCAUUCCCAGCCAGUAUUGGCCUGUGUCACCUACAAUUCUGCAUGGAUCAGACAGGAUGGGGACAUUAAACGUAGGAAGAAACCUUAAAGGGAAAGUUCAGUAUUUUGCAACGUAAAGUUAGAUGGUUCCGCCAUCACGUCCAUCGAUUUUUUGCUAGCUGUUUAAAGAAAACCGAACCAUGGAUUACAGUUUCUCCUGGCCCAUAGACUACAUUCAGGGUGAGGAACCAUCUAACAUUAAGUUGUAAAAUACUGAACUUCCCCUUUAAGUCAUGUCCUAAUAAAUAACUUAAGUCUUGAGAUGUGCAUCCUUGUACUCCACACUGUGUGGUUUCCUUGUUAAGUCACAGCUAAGUGACAUUUACAGUGCUGAAAUCUUGUGGUGUGUCACUCAGGUCUACAUGGUCAGCCCGAGUGGGACCCGCCUGCUGAUGUGGGCCGCCAGCAGUAACCAUGGCGAUCGGUGUUCCUACGCCAGUGUGAUCCUGUCCAACACGGCCCCCUUCAGAGUGACCUCCAGGCAGAAGUGGGGGGUGACGUGUAGACUGACAUCGCCCUAGAUGACAUCUCCUUUACCACUGAGUGUGUGGUGGGAGGUAAGCCACUUUCACAGGUUCUCUCUCUCACUCUCUUCCCAAACCUCUCCCGAAUUGACUCCUCUAUUUUCAUUCCUCUCCCCUUCCGUUCUCUCAUUCUCCUCCCUCUGCUCCUUUAUUCUCCUCUUCCCAAUUGUACAUCCCUGCCAUUUCCUUGAAUGAUCACAUCUCUCUCUCACUCAUUCCCCCUCCCUCCCUCCCUCCCUCCCUCCCUCCCUCCCUCCCUCCAGUAGGGGAGAAAAGCAAUUACAUUUGUAUUGUGUUGUUUUCACACUCCCCCCGUCUCCCCUUCCUUCUCUACCUACUGUAGGUUUUUCCACGUCCUCUCCUCUCAGCUGUUUACAGCCACCUCUCCCAUGGUUUGCAUCCUAAAUGCGUCCUAUUCUCUACAUAGUACUUUUGAGUUUAGGUUAUAUUUCUCUUCAAGCAGCGUAUGUGCAUAUGUACCGCGUGCGUACACACACAUACUGUACAUGUGUUCGUUCCCCCAGAUCCCGUGACCCAGAGCCUCUAACCGUUGGCGGUAAUAUAAUACCAUUAGCAUAGUAGGCCUAUAAUGUAACUGUUACACCAAAAACACCUCCUCAUUUCUAAUGAGAUUUUAGGAUGGUUUAAGCUGAAUCGUCACAUUGUUUUUCUCAUGCGCCAAAACUCAACAGAGCGCGCCACUAGGAAGGAUAUAUGCUUUGAUUGAAGCAAAAUACAAGAAAGGCAAUAGUUUGUUAACACCAUCUGCUCUGAUUCGCUCAUGAAAUAGUAAUUUAAGAAGAUCUAAAUGAUUGAGUUUGAGAUCAAUUAAAUGAUUGGCAUGGAGAUGCAGUUUGGACGUAUCACCGGAAAACCUUGAAGAAUGAUCAUUCACGAUUGACAGUGAUGAUGGCCUGUUUUGAAAAUGUUGUAGCCUAUGCAUAACUAUUUGAGGGCAUAAAAAAUUUACAAUUUUCUUGAGACACAAUUGUGUGGGUAUAGGCAGACGUUGCAAUUAGAGGAUGCAUUUUAUGCAUAUUCUAUAAUGAUAGGCUGGCUAUUCAAUUAGCUACAUCUUUCAGUACAAACUUUGAGGAAAUUGGUGCUCCCUCACCUAAAAGAAUAGCACUAUACCACUGAUCAGGCCCCAUCAAAAGUGUGCACUGCGAAGGGAAUAGGGUGUCAUUUGGGACGCAAACCUGGUCUGUGCUUCAUUCAACUGGCUCUGGUUGAUGAGAGAGUGAUGUUGUUGAAACACAUGUUUGGUCUUGUUGCAGAAUGCCCUCUGAGAUACUGUCUGCAUCAUGGAGAGUGGUAUGUGGAGCAUCAUGGGCCAAUAUGCACGUGAGUAUAAAUACAGCAAACAUGCAUUCACAUGGACACACUCACCACAUAACCCCCUGCCACACAACCCCCCGCCACACAACCCCCCACCACAAAACCCCCCACCACACAACCCCCCGCCACACAACCCCCCACCACACAACCCCCGCCACACAACCCCCCGCCACAUAACAGACUGUGCAGUUCUGUGCCAUUGCAUGCUAUGCUUUAGUAUGGAGUCAGAGACCCCAGCAUGUAGUGAUGCCUGGGGGACUAUGUAUGUCAGAGGUUCAGACUUUGAACUAGGAUCAGAUCAUGUUGGUCCUCUGGUCAGGAUCCUCUGGGAAGCUGGACCAAGGAAAGCCCAGCCUACAGACAAGGUCAACCUGCCACAGAGACCAUCCGGAAUGAGAAUAACACAAGCAGUGUGUUUUGUCCAAGACUGUGUGUUUUGCAUUAGAACAUCCCAUGGCAGCGCAUUAAUACCCCAAAAUCUAGCCAUGAUAUUGAGCAGAUGACGUCUUGGAAGAGAAGUACUGGAUAAAAUUGGCUUAAGAUAAUGUAAUUUUCUCCAAGACAGUGCCAGGGAGAAGUCCCCUUGAUUACCCAACCGAUGUGUCUGAAUGCAACUCCUUGUUCUGUUUACUGGUACUGUCCAUGUAGGAUUCUCUCCACAUAAGGACAUUGUUUUCCAUUGACGAGGUGCAUGUAUACUAACUUUCCUCCAAGCCUUUGUUCAUUCACUGUGCUUCAGUGUGGAAUGAGUGUGUGUAGGAUUUGUUUGUGUUCCUCUGUGUUAGCUGCAGUCAGGAAGUACAUUGUCCCAGGGGCGUAUCUUCUCAAAUGUUUUUUCCAUUCCAUGCUUUUUAUGUUUCCCCUCCCAUCUUUGUUCUACAUGUUGUUCAGCUUGGCUCAGUCUGUCCAAUGUCUGACAGCUUGGCUCAGUCUGUCCAAUGUAUGUUUGAAUCCAAUUAGACUGAAACAUUCACUAACCAGAGGUACAGAGUGGAAGACCAAGCGCGUACUGAACAGGGGUAUGUUGUAAAUAGCGCCUUAGGUGUGACCGGAUGAUGGACGACAUCGAGCGGCUGCAGAAGGACAUUCGCCGGCUAUCCAAUGAAUUGAAGCAGAAGGAGAGUCUCGUUGACGAGUUCACCAAUGUGGCUUUAGCU